CGUUGCAUUUACAACAACAAACGAAUACAAAACUAUCUUUUAAAAUGGAACACUGGAUCAAAAACCAAUACGAAGUGGCAUUCGGGAGCCGGAAAAUUUCGUCCGCUAUUAAGAUGAUAUUCAAGAGAAACGAGAGCACAAACGAAGAACGUUUUUUAAUACCGGAUCCGAGUUUGGAAACAAAGAUUGCACAAAAAAAGACUGAAAACGCGAGAGAGUGCGACAGACAGCAGAACAAAUUCGUUAGACAAACGUCCAGUCUCGUUGGAAGUCUGAAAUUUAAGAGGCAAAGUCAAAAGGAGAAAGACAGGAGACCCAAAAUUGCAUCAGUUUUGGUCACAUACGAUAGAAACGGUGUUGCCGGCAAUCUUGGAAACUGCAACAGAAACGAUUCUAUCUGCACAAGAAGAGAGUGCAACAGUACUACAGUAUGACGUUUUGUUAAUAUAAGCACUAGCUCGUAUUAUUUUUGUACAUAAACAUUCCAUAUUAUAAUCUGCACCUUACAAAAUGUUUUGUAGGGAUAAUGAAAUUGGUAAUUCACGUAAUUAAGUAAAUAUGUACGUACUUUUAGGAAUAGAAUACAAUAUUUUAAUGUUAUAUGUCUAGGUGAUGACACA